UCUUCACUCUGCAGAAAAACACGAGUCUGUGGAGAAGGAAGCUCUCAUGUCUGAGCUCAAAAUGCUGACUCACAUCGGCCAGCACGCCAACAUCGUUAACCUGCUCGGCGCAUGCACAGAGACAGGACCCGUAUACCUGAUUUUCCAAUAUUGCUGUUAUGGAGACCUGCUGAACUACCUGAAGAAGAGCGGUGAUCGCUAUCACAAGUCUGUGACUGAUGCCUUCAGCAGGGACCGUUUCAGCAGCCUGUAUAGCAACCUGCAACCCAAGAAAAACUCCAAUGAGCUGGUAACAGCAACAGAUAACUACAUGCCCAUGCAUGGCGUCACCACCAGGGGGCAGGAGGACAUCGCUCUCAUCACCAUCAGCUCCAACGACAUGGAAGAGAUGUACGAGAGUGAAGACGAUCAGAUGGAGCAGCAGGCCCUCACCUUUGACGAUCUGCUCAGUUUUGCCUUUCAAGUGGCCAAAGGGAUGGAGUUCCUCUCCGCCAAGAAUUGCAUCCACCGAGAUCUAGCGGCUCGAAACGUGUUGGUAACAAAAGGCCGGCUGGUGAAAAUUGGAGACUUUGGGCUGGCUCGAGACAUCGACAAUGAUUCCAACUAUGUUGUGAGAGGAAACGUGCGUUUGCCAGUUAAGUGGAUGGCUCCAGAGAGCAUCUUUCAGGGGAUGUACACCAUGAAGAGUGACGUCUGGGCUUAUGGCAUUCUGCUCUGGGAGAUUUUCUCACUCGGCGUCACUCCGUAUCCAGGUGUCAAAGUGGAUCACACGUUCUACUCAAUGAUUGAGAGAGGAUUUAAGAUGGAGUGUCCAUACUAUGCCAACGAUUCUGUGUAUGGUAUCAUGUGCAAGUGCUGGGCUCUGGAUCCUAACAACCGACCAUCUUUUUCCAAGUUAGUGGACUUCAUGAGUGGCCAGCUGAUGGACAUGGAGGAAAAGCUCUACCAGAUCAUGCAAGACCAUGAUUUCAGCGACUAUCAGAAUGCAUCGACCAUUGGGGACAUUUCAGCACUGGUAAAAGAAAGCGAAACCAAGACAGCAGCAGCCAAUGACUACUGCAAAGCCAACCAGAGAGAGGAAAGCCAAGCUGAGGCAUUAAAGUCAGAGGAUGCAGGUGAAGACGAGGAGAAGGAGCCUCUGAAGCCGUCUAAUGGAGAGUGACCUUCAACUCAAGCUAAUUUAUCUACGGAAUAUAUAACAAUCUAUCUAUUCUACUCAUCAUAUCAUAUAUCAUCAAAGUAAUAUACUGGCUUUAUAUUCUUUCACAAAUAUUAUGAGCUUUUUAGAUUUAUAUUUGCUUGAUUUAGCAUUAAUUUAUGUAC